GUACACUGAGACCAUGCUUCAAGUCUUCGACCAGAACAAGGACGGCAAACUGCAGCUCUCUGAAAUGGCCAAGUUGUUGCCGGUGAAAGAGAAUUUCCUGUGCCGGUCGGUAUUCAAGGGAGCAGCUAAAGUAACUCGCGAAGACAUCGAACGCGUUUUCUCUCUAUAUGAUAGGGACAAUAAUGGGACCAUCGAGAACGAGGAGCUCAACGGCUUCCUCAAGGAUCUUCUCGAACUCGUGAAGAAGGAUUACGACGCGCUGGACCUGCAGGAGUUCCAGGACUCGAUCAUGCGGGGCUGCGACUUCAACAAGGACGGCAAGAUCAACAAGAAGGAACUCACGAUGAUCCUGCUCGCCCUCGCCAAGCACGGGUCAGACGUCGACGAGGCCGAUGUACAAGCCGGCAACCCGCUAGCCGAAAUCGCCAGCUUCGGGAUGAAGGCCCUGAAGAUGCAGAAGCUGAGAGUGCGUCACUUCAUGACCCGGACCCUCGGUAACCCCAACGCCACCCCGCCCUCAGGGUCCAGUUAG